CUUUAACACCUAAACCUCAAAAUGUCUGCCUGGACAUUUUUUUUAAUUUUUAUUUUGACUAUGAAAGGGUCAGAAAAUGUCCUGUGAAGACUUGGAAUUUUCAAAUAUCUAGCAGGUUAGGUUGGGUUAUCGACGACGCGUCAGGGAUAAAAAUGAGAGAUUCAAUUCAGCACGAGCUUUUGAUGUUCCCGUCAGUCAACCAGUCAUUCUGUCAAAAUGAACUGUGUUCUUGAAGGAAAUUGCAUAAAAGUCUUUGGAAAGGCCAUUCAUGCACUUUCCCGGAUUGGAGAUUCGCUGUGGUUGGAUCCCAUGGUCAAAGGGCUGGCUCUGAGGUCAGUGAAUUCAUCUCAGUCUGCAUAUGCCUGCUUCUUCUUCUCACCGACGUUCUUCCACAGCUACAGCCUGAGAUUAGAGCAGGCCAGUGAACCCAUUAAAUGCAAGUUGUACAUGAAGUCUUUGCUACCACUUUUCCGAUGUUUGACUUCGAUGGAGCGUAAUGUGGAGCGAUGUCAGAUAUCAGUCAACACUCCCAAUGACAGAGUAAUUAUACAGUUUUCCUGUCGGCACGGCAUUAAAAAAACUCACAACCUGUGUUACCAGGAGAGUGCAGCUCUGCAGGCUGUGUUUGAUUCACAUCUCUGUCCCAAUGUGCUGAAGAGUCCAGCCAGGCUUCUUACAAAUAUGGUCAUGCAUUUCCAAAGAUCUCAGGAGGAAGUCACUCUGUCAAUAACUCCUCUCCGAGUCAGCCUGAAGAAUUACCACGAAGGAAGAAAUGAUCCCAUGAAGAUGUUGUACACUGAGAUGUCCUUACACCCCGACGAGUUUGACUAUUUCCUGUCUGGAAAGGACUCGGCCGUAACCUUCUGUCUGAAGGAGCUGAGGGGUUUGCUAUCCUUUGCUGAGUUGCACAGCCUACCAGUUUCAGUCCAAUUUGGUGCUGCGGGAAAGCCUGUGUGCUUUUCUGUGGAGGACACGGUCCUGGAGGCCACAGUGGUGCUGGCUACUCUGAUUGACUCAGACAGUGGAGGCCACUCCCAACCAACAGAGAACCCAGACCCAACUUCACCGAGAUGUACAGAUGCAGUAGCCAGAGCUAAAUCUCCCAAUCACUGUGCUGGGUCGGACGUGGUUGCAUCUAGUCAGGGCAGCCCCAUCAACACCACCAGCCCGUCAGCCCUUCUGCUGCAGCUUCAGAAGCGCAGCCUUCUAACACUUGGCACCCCCGGUGUGACUGCGAGUCCUGCCUCCUCCAGGGUCUGCCACCUGCUGUUCCGGGCUUUGUCGUCAGAGCAGGAUGACGGGAGUCCUGUUGCCACUGUUCUGGCUUGUGACACAGACGUGGAGGAGGAUGAAGAGUCUGGAAGAAGACCCCCAACACUGUAGCUACCAAAACUGAAAAGUGCUCCCUAUAUGCAUUUCUUGUUAUUCAAGCAUGUUGUUCACAGCCCUAAUAUUGAUUUAUGUCACUUCAAACCACCUUGUUCACUCAGAUACUUGAAAGGAUGUUUUUAUUACAUUUGCUUGGGCUAUUUAUUGCCUAUGUAACUCAAAUCAUUUAACAGUAAAAGGAAAUCUUGGAGCUUAGUGUGUUGGCCUGCAACUGAAUCACAUCACAGCCAUAUCUUACAAGAGAAUAAUAAAUACUAACAUCUUUAAAUAUUGUAUAGCAGAGCUGCAUUGACAUGUACACCCAAAAUAUUCAGACAUGCUCUGGGUUGUCUGGAGGAGGAAGAUGAAGUUCUUCUGGGCGGCAAGCAGCAAAUGUUGCAGUCUGCAGCAACUGUACCAACCAAGAGGGAUAAUUGCUUUGUCACGUUGUUAAGGCUACUUAAGAUUGCCCUCAGACAUGCUAUAAUGCUUAAAAGUGGCAUUCGCUGCUUUACUUUAAUCUGCCUCCCCUUUGUCUUCCGAUGUCAUUUUAAUAAGGAAACAGCCCUUUAGUGCAAUUUUGUAAACCGUAAUCUUAUCUGGCUUUAUUACUAUUCCUCAUAGCUUCUGACUGGCUUGAGACAAGUUAAUUUCAGGAGAGCGUAUUUCGGUAAAACUUCAUUUUGAAGACAGUGGGGCAAGAUGACAUUUUAACUCACGGCUACUCACAAUUGGACGCUUUGCCCUCACUGCUCAAGCCAACUAGGACAUAAUCGGCCGGAGCUUUAAGGAAUUAUGUUUGCCAGUAUCAACAUCUGAUACAAGGCACAUCAUUGUCACACUACACUGAAAUUAUUGACUAUAAAGGUGCAGUAAUUUCACAACACAAAAUAUGUAACGCCUGUAAAAAAAAAAAAAAAAAGGAAGUUAUGGUGCCUCAGGAACAAAUAGGAAAUACCAA